AUGUUGAAGUUUAACCAAAGAAGACCAUUCCCAUUCUCAGACUGUAAGGGAAGGGAAGGAGCUGCAACAAAUAUUGUUCCCCCAGAAACCAAUGCGGGAGAGGAGAAAGAAAUAAUGCGCUCACAGAUGAAGAGUGGGGUUUCUGCUACUGCUACAUGGGCCUCUCAGGCUGUGCUGCCUGUGGGAACUGAGGGGAACUACCACUAUUAUGUGGAUGAGGAGGAGGAAGAGGAGGAAGAUGAAAGGCAGCCGCAAAAUUCCUCUCAGGAGGGAAGCAAGUUCUCGAUACCCUUUCCCAACCCCCCUGCCUUCUCCUCCAGAACAGCAGCAUCUGCUCCUUCCAUGCUGAACAUAAAUGUAGGUGGCAAAAGUUACCGCCUCACCUACCAGGCAGUGGCCGUCUACCCCAAGACCCGUCUGGGCCGCUUGGCCACUUCCACCGAUCGCAGUCGCCAGCUGGGUCUGUGCGAUGACUAUGCGGUUCAGGGGGAUGAGUACUUCUUUGAUCGGGACCCCGCUGUCUUCCAGCUGGUCUACAACUUCUAUGCCUCUGGGGUGCUGCAGGUGCGAGAUGAGCAGUGCCCACUCAGCUUCCUGGAGGAGCUGAGCUACUGGGGGGUGCGGCUCAAAUAUACACCACGCUGCUGCCGCAUCUGCUUCGAGGAGCGGCGUGACGAGCUGAGCGAGCAGCUGAAGGUGCAGCGGGAACUGCGUGCUCAAGCAGAGUCCCAGGAGAGUGAGCAGCUCUUCCAACACAUGCGCUACUAUGGCCCCCAGCGCUGGCGCCUCUGGAACCUGAUGGAGAAGCCCUUCUCCUCUGUCAGCGCCAAGGCUAUGGGGGUGGCUUCCAGCCUUUUUGUACUCAUCUCUGUGGUGGCACUGGCUCUCAACACCAUGGAGGAGAUGCAGCAGGUGGACAGGAGAAGCGGAGAGAGUCGCCCUAUGCUGGAGCACGUUGAGACACUGUGCAUUGCCUUCUUCACCCUGGAGUAUCUGCUGCGGCUGGUCUCCACCCCAGACCUGCGCCGCUUCGCGAGCAGCCCCCUCAAUGCCGUGGAUCUCAUUGCCAUCCUCCCACUUUACCUCCAGCUGCUGCUGGAGUGCUUUGCCGACGACGACCAGCCUCGGGGCCGGGGCUCUCAGCACGAGCAUGACAUUGAGAAGGUGGGACGGGUGAGCAAAGUAGGACAAGUGCUGCGCAUCAUGCGCCUGAUGCGGAUCUUCCGCAUCCUCAAGCUGGCCCGGCACUCCACAGGCCUGCGCGCCUUCGGCUUUACCCUGCGCCAGUGCUACCAACAAGUGGGCUGCCUCUUGCUCUUCAUUGCCAUGGGCAUCUUCGCCUUCUCCGCCAUGGUCUACUCUGUGGAGCACGACGUCUCCAGUACCAACUUCACCAGCAUCCCCCAUGCUUGGUGGUGGGCUGCUGUAAGUAAAUGCAUUGCACUUUGCCAGGUCAGCAUCUCUACAGUGGGCUAUGGUGACAUGUGUCCAGAAACUCACCUCGGGUGCCUAUUUGCUUUCCUCUGCAUUGCUUUUGGAAUAAUUCUGAAUGGAAUGCCCAUCUCCAUCCUCUACAAUAAAUUCUCAGACUAUUACAGCAAACUGAAGGCCUAUGAAUAUACAGCUGUAAGGAAGGAAAGAAGCAAGAUUAACUUUACACGAAGAGCCAGGAAGAAAAUGUCCAAGUGCUGUGGAGAAGGCCCAACCCAUUAUUUACCAAGGCCUAGAUACAAUUAA